AGUUAAGAGCAGGAGGCGAGUUUGUCUCCGUCUGAGUUGGAGAGUUUUUUAUUUCUCUAAAAGAGACGCGACAUGUCCAAAGAAGAAGAAAAUCCUCCAGCAGCAACUUCCAACAUGUCACCACCUGAAUACUUCACCCCAGAGGCCAUCGGCUUCCUGUCCGCCGUGGGCGUCUUCAUCGUGGCGUUGGCCGUCCUCUUCCUCUUCAUCAACAAGAAGCUGUGUUUCUCCCGUGUGGGCGGGCUGCCCUGCCUGGAGGAACAUGGCCGCCGCAAGAAAGGACGCCAGGGAAUCCGUCAGGGUCUCGUGGACAGCUACGGGGACAACGAUGGCUUCAGCUCCUCGGACAGCGAGGACGAGGUCCUGAAGCAGUUCGAGAUCUCGGUGUCGCGGUCGCAGAGUUUCCGCUGCACGGCGGCCAGCGGCAUCGAACAGCCGGCUCCGCUCACGUCCCAGCUCACGUUGGGUCGACGCCACAAGUUCACACGACUGUCGGACCAGGAGGAGGGCAGCACCGAGCCGUCGGACUGUGAAGAGAUGGCGGCUCAGAACCAGUCGGGCUUCCAGGACCCGCUCUCGGCAGCGGUCGAGGAAAUGGAGAGGGCGUCCUCCGCCCCCCCGGGCAACCCGUCUGUCCACGAGACAUCAGACGCCAGGGACAGUCCCGCCCCCAGUAUGAGGCGACCGGCUGCAGAGGGCAGCGAGGACACGCAGCCGCCUGCGCAGGACCACGACCACAAUGACGUCACGGACAGCUCCUCCACCUGGAGCCCCGAGCAGGAGCAGCCUCCUAAAGAGGAGGUCUCGUCUGAGCCGGUCAGCUCCUUCCGACCCCCCAUCUCCACCUGUGGAGACCUGGUCCUGUCCCUGGAGUACCGGCCCGAGGUGGAGAAGCUGCUGGUGUCGGUGGUGGCGGCUCGGGACGUCCCGGACAAGGCUCGCAGCGGGAUGGACUCCUGGCAGGUGCACAUGGUCCUGCUCCCCUCCAAGAAGCAGCGGCACAAGACGUCGGUGCAGAAAGGUUCGAUGCCGCACUUCAACGAGACGUUCCGCUUCUCGCGCCUGGAGCCGUCCGACCUGCAGCUGUCGGCCAUCAGGUUCCGGCUGUACGCACUGGGAGGCAGGAUGUCCCGGGAGAAGAUGAUGGGAGAGAAGGUUCUGGGUUUGGGAGGACUCCACCCGGGCGGAGGGACGAUGGAGACCACGCUGGUUCUGGAGCCUCGCAGUAACCUGAAGAGCGUGGACUCGCUGCUGAGUCUGUCCACGGUGUCUCAGAGCGACAGCGCCUCGUCCACUCAGUCCCUGACGCACGGCGGCGUCCCCGAGCUGCUGGUCGGUCUGUCCUACAACGCCACCACGGGGCGCAUGUCCGUGGAGCUCAUCAAGGGCAGCCACUUCAGGAACCUGGCCGUCAACAGACCUCCAGACACGUACGGCCGUCUGUCCCUGCUGAACUCCAUGGGACAGGAGAUCUCUCGCUGUAAGACGUCGGUGCGGCGCGGUCAGCCCAACCCGGUCUACAAGGAGACCUUCAUGUUCCAGGUGGCGCUGUUCCAGCUGUCGGACGUCACGCUGCUGGUGUCCAUCUACAGCCGGCGCAGCAUGAAGCGCAAAGAGAUGGUGGGCUGGCUGUCUCUGGGUCAGAACAGCAGCGGCGAGGAGGAGCAGCUCCACUGGACGGACAUGAAGGACAGUCGAGGACAGCAGGUCUGCCGCUGGCACGUCCUGCUGGAGGCCUAACGGGGUCCAGGCUCUUCUUUAGGUGGAAGAAAGUUCAUUCUUUAUGAGAGGAAAGAGAAAGACUGACAGGAAGAUGCAUGUGGCUCUUCACCUCCGUCCAAACCUGGAGGGGAAUCGAACCUUGUUUUGUGGAAACGUGAACAAAUUCCUCUGCUCCUGGAGGCUGAUGGAACUUCAGAUUAAAUAUAUCUGAUCGAUGAAUCAAAUUUACUAAAUCAAAGACAGAUGUUGCACAAUGAAGCUUUUGAAUUUGGAUUCUCUUGCACGAUUCUCCACUUUCCUUUUGUCGUCCAAUCAUAAAUGUUUUUGUAAACUUGAAGGUUUAGAGCAGAAACGGUUUAAACUCCAUCAGCCUCAAGGAGCCGGGGACUUGUCCUCUUCUGUCUUUGUCUUUGUUUCUGUCCCAGGAUCCUUUCAGAGACAAAGUUCAGUUCAACAACAAAAACAAAAGCUGCAGAUUAGUUUGGGAAACUUCUGGAAAUGAAAGCAAGUCAACGAAUGUCCCCGAAAAAAUGACCUGUGAUAACAUUCACAAAUCAAAGAGGAAACAGAAGAAUGGUUCCACUCUCCUGCAGAGCGACCGGGUCUCUGUCAAACCGUCUGAACACAAAGAGACUGAGAAUGAAAUGAACGAGACCAAUAAGGACGGAGACAUUUCAGCUUUCUGUGCAUGAGCAUGGUGUCUGUGCACAUCCUCACGAAGUCCACAUACACACCAAAAGAAUUAAGCUAUUUUGAGACUGUUACGUUCAUGCACGUCGUCUGAGCUGUUAUAAUAAAUAAAAGAAAGUUCGUAA